AUGGUCGCAGCGUCCUCUGCGCUGCGCGGCGCACGCCUCGGGCUGCGUUUGCCGCCAUCGCAGCUGCUCGCGCGUCGAUUCUCCUCCACACCGCGCAUCCCCAACUCCUCGACGCCGCUCAAGGAGGCAUCGACCGCGGCCACCAGCAAGGCACCGGGUCUGGUUCGCCGCGUCGUGCGCAUCACCGGAUACACGGUCGGCUCGAUCGUCUUUGGCCUCACCGCCACCACCGCCAUCAUCCUCGCACACGACGCGCUCACCUAUCGCGAGGCGCACGUCGACAAGGUGCCGCUCCACCCGCUCGCGCUCGCUCCGAACCGAGGCGGGCCCAAGAACCUCCCCAUCGUAUCCGCCUAUCCUGAAGACGAGCAGGAUGAGGUGAGCAAGAACUUGGCCGCCAAGGAGAGGCUCGUCAUCGUCGGUGGUGGAUGGGCCGCCGUGGGCCUGCUCAAGUCGCUCGACCCGGAGCGGUACAACGUGACGCUCAUCUCGCCCAACAACUACUACCUCUUCAACCCGCUCCUGCCUUCGGCCGCCGUAGGCACCGUCGAGCCGCGCUCGCUCAUCGAGCCGCUCCGCAAGCUGCUCGCGCGCGUCCACGGACACUACAUCCAGGGCUUUGCGACGGAUGUGGUGAUGGGCGAGGACAAGCCGGCGUACCAGGGCGGACAGCAGCGUCUGCUCGAAGUCAACGUGAUCAGCGGCGACGACUGGGACGGCGAGAAGCUGUGUGGUGGCGAGCCGACGGCAGAACGCAAGGAGACGCGCGGCAAGAGCGUCUAUGUGCCCUAUGAUCGUCUUAUCGUGGCGGUGGGAAGCGUAACGAGCACCCACGGCGUGCCUGGUCUCGAAAACUGCUUCCACCUCAAAACCAUCAGCGACGCACGCAAGAUCCGCUCGCACAUCCUGGAUAACCUCGAAGUGGCCGCGCUCCCCACCACGACGCCCGAGGAGCGCCAACGCUUGCUCAGCUUCGUCGUGUGCGGCGGCGGCCCCACCGGUGUCGAGACGGCAGCCGAGAUCUCGGACAUGAUCAACGAGGACGUGUUUGAUUACUUCCCCAAGCUGCUGCGGGCCAAGGCCAAGGUGCAUCUGAUCCAGUCGCGCGAGCAUAUCCUCAACACCUACUCGGAAAAGAUCUCCGAGUAUGCAGAGGCCAAGUUUGCGCGCGAUGCGGUGGAUGUCAUUGUGAAUGCGCGCGUCAAGCGCGUCGAGCCCGACCGCGUCGUGUAUACGGUCAAGGACCCGGCGACGGGCAAGGUGGGCGAGAAGGAGGUGGCGUCCGGAUUCACCUUGUGGUCGACGGGCAUUGCCAUGAGCCCCUUUACGCGCAGGGUGACCGAGCUGCUGCCGAACCAGAGCCAUCUCAAGGCGCUGCAGAUCGACAGCCAUCUGCGCGUCAAGGGCGCCCCGCUCGGAAGCAUGUACGCUCUCGGCGAUGCGUCUACGAUCGACACGCGCCUCAUCGACUACCUCUACGACUUUGUCGACCGCUACGACAAGGACCACGACGGCAAGUUGUCCUUCGCCGAGUUCGAGACGUUUGCAAAGGCCAUCAGGCACAAGUUCCCCAUCGCCUCGAAGCACUUUACCAAGCUGCGCGAGAUGUUUGACGAGUACGAUGCCGACAAGGACGGCCAGCUCAACCUCAACGAGAUCGCCAACGUGCUUAUCCAGACGGGCAACAAGAUGACCGCCCUCCCCGCCACUGCGCAGGUGGCCGCUCAGCAGGGGCAUUACCUGGGCAAGAAGCUCAACAAGCUCGCGCGCAGGAGGGACGGAGGCAUGGAUAUGCACCCGCACACUGCCGAGGAGGUGCUCGAUGUCGACGACCAGGUGUACAAGCCGUUCAAGUACACCAACUUUGGCUCGCUCGCCUACAUUGGCAAUGCCGCCGCCUUCGAUGUGCCCCUGCCCGGGGGCAUGGGUAGCUUCGCGGGUGGGCUGAUUGCCAUGUACGCCUGGAGGUCGUUCUAUCUGUCGGAAAGCGUGAGCAUGCGCACGCGCGCGCUGCUGCUCGGCGAUUAUGUCAAGCGCGGCAUCUGGGGCCGAGAUCUGUCGCGCAUCUGA